AAAUUAUAAUUAGUGAGUAAAUUUAAAGGGGGAAUACUUUAGGGUAAAACAAAAUCCAAAGAUAUAAACUCCACUCAAAAUUAAAGUUGAAGUUAAAAAAGGAAAACCGACAAGUAUUUAAGGGGUGUUAGAAGAGCAAAGUUGUCCCCUGUAUUUUUGUGCUGAGCCUGAAACAGAAGAAGAGAGAUUCACAAGAAUAAUAAUGGGUGGAGGCAAUGGUCAGAAAGCCAAGAUGGCGAGAGAGAAGAACCUCGAGAAAACCAAAGCCGCUAAAGGAAGCCAGCUUGAAACGAACAAGAAGGCCAUGAGCAUCCAGUGCAGGGUGUGCAUGCAGACAUUUAUGUGCACAACAUCAGAGGAGAAGUGCAAGGAACAUGCCGAGGCCAAACAUCCAAAAUCUGAUCUCCUCACCUCUUUCCCUCAUCUCAGCACAGCAUCAGAGGAGAAGUGCAAGGAACAUGCCGAGGCCAAACAACCAAAAUCUGAUCUCCUCACCUGUUCCCCUCAUCUCAAAAAAUAAACUUGGGUGUCAAAUGGGUCUUAUAGAAGUGUUGGUAUUAUCUGCUAUCGCUUGUCGCCAUUAGUUUAGAUUGGUCACACCCGAAACAAGCAGGGCAAAAUUUUUUAGUUUUGGCACUCUUUAAUUGUUGGCAUCAUAUAGUAUAAUUUGGGAUUUGUCAUUGGAUUUUGGUUAAAUGUAAGAUGCGAACUACAGAGUUAACUUUCAUUUAAUAUUUGUUGGAUGCA